UCUCUCUCUCUCUCCAUCAGCUGAUGCCUGGAAAUGCCACUGCUGGGCAGGAAGUGCUCAAGAAAAUAAAAACGAAAGCACACAGCGGAUUGAAGUCAACAUGCGCUAAUGCUCGGGAUACUCUCCGACGGUGGCCAGCUGACAUGAUCUGCUGUCUGGCAGGUAAAAUAAGGAAGAGGAGAAGAUGGCGCGUCAGGGCAGCGGACAGGCCUGGGGAAAACUGGGGAAAGUCAACGCAUCUCCGGGUUCAGAGAUAUUACUUAUAAAUAGAGAAUGCACAGUGGGGAGAAAAAAAGAUUGUGACCUCUCAUUCCCGGCUAAUAAACUGGUCUCAGGGAAUCAUUGCAAAAUCACUCAAGAUCAGAACUCAGGACAGGUGUGGCUGGAGGACAUGAGCACCAAUGGAACAGUGAUCAACAUGUCCAAAGUGGUGAAGAAACAGACACACUUACUGCAGAAUGGUGAUGUUAUACACUUUGUGUACAGGAAGAAUGAGCCAGAGCAAAACGUCGCUUAUGUUUAUCAGGUCAUCGGGCCACAGGAAAGUGCCUCACAGGACAUUGAAGAUAUUGGAAGAGAAGAAGAUUCAGAUCUGACGGAAACCGAGAGUGAACCAGUGCCAGUAGAGCCUGUUAUUGUGAAGCCUCUACCUCAGUCUGGGCAUGAGGAUCCUCAGCCAUCUACCUCAAGCUCUUCCUUCCACUUCUACAACAUGCCCUUAUCUACCUGCUCUGCAGAUGUGUCUGCAAGGAAGAACCCAGUGAGUUCUUCGGUUGCUUGUAAAGGAGAAUCAGAGAUGACUGCACCAGCAAGCAGCCCUGGGGAGCCGGUCAUGAAUCACUCUCGCCUGAAGUGGACCUGCUGGACUGAGGGAGGACAACAGACGGAGCCGGAGGUGGAAAUGCAGAGGAAAAGAAGAAAAACUGACAAAGAUGAUCAGAACGGGUGUGGAUCUUCUCACAGUGACUCUUCUCAGGUCUCUCUCAGAGGAGCAGCAGGGAAAGAGAAAACUGAGGGAGCCACUACAGACAAAAUGGAAGAAUCCCUCACAUGCAUCGUCUGCCAGGACUUGCUGCACGACUGUGUCAGUCUUCAGCCCUGCAUGCAUACGUUUUGCGCUGCCUGUUAUUCUGGCUGGAUGGAGCGUUCCUCCCUCUGCCCCACCUGCCGAUGUCCUGUGGAGAGGAUCCAUAAAAACCACAUCCUCAACAACCUGGUGGAGGCUUACCUUCUCCAGCACCCAGAGAAGUGUCGGAGUGAAGAGGAAUUGCGCAGCAUGGACGCCCGAAACAAGAUCACGCAGGACAUGCUGCAGCCAAAAGUCGAGCGCUCCUUCUCGGAUGAGGAGGGCAGUUCAGAUUAUCUGUUCGAACUCUCAGACAAUGACAGUGACGUAUCUGACAUGAGUCAGCCCUAUAUGAUGUGUCGGCAGUGUCCAAGUUAUCGGAAGGAGCUCAGCUCUGCCCUGUGGAUCUGUGAGCCCGCUCAAACCGAAGGGCCGGCUAAAGUGCCUGGAGACGGCCCCUCCACAUCUUCUGACACCUCCCCAGCUGCUCAGGCGUUCAGAUGUCCUCCUCAGGGCAGUCACCUCAUCUGCUCCUGCUGCCUGCAGCCCAUGCCCGACCGCCGCUUCGAGCACCUUCCCCCUCAGGUGUCUCCGCAGCACUGUAUGGUGUGCCAGAAAGCGUACUGUCAUGUGUACUGGGGCUGCCAGCGGAUCGGCUGUCACGGCUGCCUAGAGCGUUUCAGCGAACUUAACCUUAAUGAUAAAUGUCUGGAUGGAGUUUUUAAUGGCAAUCAAUACGAGUCUGAAGUCCUUCAGAAUUAUUUGACUUCUCGAGGAAUGAGCUGGAGGCAUAUGCUGCAGGAAGCGCUUCAGGCCGUACAGCAGGGCCUGUACCAGCUCUCUGAUUACAGAAUCACUGCCAACUCUUUCCUCUGCUACUGCUGUGGACUUCGCACUUUUAGAGAGCUGGCGUAUAAAUACAGAGAGCAUAUUCCUCCAUCAGAUCUGCCAGAUUCUGUGACUGCCAGACCAAACUGUUACUGGGGACGCAACUGUCGGACUCAAGUGAAAGCACACCACGCUUUGAAAUUUAACCACGUGUGUGAGCAGACGCGUUUUAAGAACUGAAGCUGGAGGAAUGUGGCUUGUUUUGACCAGUCUCCCGCUUCUGGGUAACUGAUCUGCUGCGGGCACGUGUUAUACCUCUGUACUCCUCUAGAUGACAACUUUACAUAUGCAAAGUCAAUCAGAUGAUGAUAAAUCAAUCAUCCUUGAAGUAUGGUGUCAGCGCAUCUGAUCUGGAUCUGCACUGUGUGUAGAAGCAGACACUAGUUUUUCAUGAUGGACUGACCGUCACACUUCUUUCCACUAUGCUAUUGACAUGCUUUCAUGCUGCAUCUCAAAACGCUGGCAAUCACCUUUUCAUGCAAAAAGCUCUUUAGCUUGAACCUUAUACAAUAUACAAAAUAUAAAAUAACCCAUGGUGCCUAAGAGUCAACUAUGAGUGCUCUUUCUUUGCAUACGUCACUUACUUCUUCCAUUUUUCUUUCACUAUUAUCAUCAACUGCUCAAGACAUUUAAAUGCUACUGAGAAUGUUGAAAAUGUAUGUUAUAAAAAGGGAUGAUCGUGUUGGUGACUCCAAACCAGUGCACUAAACUUUCACACAUUAGGUAUUCAGCAUUUGCAUUUUGUUCUUCGUUAUCUGGGCAGUAAGCCAUGUGAAGAAAAGGUUGCAAGCCUGUUCUGGAGGCAUAUGAGAGGUUUUUUUCCCCCUCUAACACAAGACUAUGGGUUAUAUCGCACUGCAGGGGAUAAUCAAGUCAAAUCUGAUUUAUAAUAAAAGCUUAGAUGCUUUCGCACAUCUCGUUAUGAUAAUGGAAUUUUUGCUUUUGGCUCAUGUUCAUAUGCAAACAAGGCCAGUUUUUAGCAGUGGAUGAUGCUUUUCCUAGCGUUGUCCUGUGUAAUGAAGAUAUUUGAGUUUUUCUUUCACUUGUAGGAUUGGUGAUAUAAUAGGUAGAUGGUAUGGCCAUAUAAUAGCUGUUUAAAUAUUUUAAUAUUUUCUGACUAGGCUAGAGUUGUAUUUUUGGGCUAGUAAAUGUUUUUUUUUCUUUUUCUUAUUCCCAUCUUCCCCAUGAAGUUUUAUUUCAGUUGGUGUAUAUUUUUAACACUCCGCUGAUUCUUGUUUAACUUGGUAAACCACAUUGGUUUUAGCCAUAGUUCUUCCAAUUAUUAUUAUUUUUUUAAAUUAAUGAAAGUUUAAUAUACUGAGAAAGCCAAUGUGAUCCAUGAAACCGUUACCAGCAUCAGUGUUUAAAAUGUGUCUUUAAGCAUCAAAGCCACAUGAAAAUUCUAAGUUAAGAACAUUUUACCCUUCAACCUUUUUUUUUUUUUUUUGGUUUAUAAAAACAUUGAAAGCAUAAAAAAAUAUAUUUAUAACCUUUUCAGAUACCUGAAAGUGCAUGCUAUAUCUCAGUUCAUUGUGAUGUUUCGUAAAUAUUUCCAAAAAUAUUAUUAUAAUAUUUAUAUUUUACAUUACUGUUAGAUUGAACAAAGUAUUUUUGCUUUUUUUUGCCUUGUGCAUGUUUUUGGGGUCUGUUGUUCUUCACACCACAGCAUUCUUCAGAGGCUCAGAUUAGACUUCCUACAACUACAGAGGUCAAUCCUCUACAUCCCUCACCAGCCUCAACUGCGCUUUAAUGAAGGUGGACAGAAGGGCUCAGCACUCUAAAACCUCACACACUGACCUAAUGGCACCUGACAAACGGCCACAUUUGCUGGAUUUGCUACACUUCAUUAGUGAAUGUUAAGUUGUGAUUUUACAGGAUAACUCACCCUGCCAUUACUUUGAAAGUGUGUAUGGGAAUGUUUCUACUAGGGUUCAUGCUUGUUGCAAAUUAAUAGUUACCUCCACCUGUUCUAUUUCGUUUUUUCCAUUGGUGCAUUUGGUAGAUGCUUUUGUCUAAAGCAGCUUUCCCCAAAUUUGAUCUGAUUGUAAAUGAACUAGUAUGCAAAAUCUGAAAUAUAAAGAUAUGUGGGAAAGGGGUUUCUAUUAUAUUCUAAUAUCUACCUAAACAUUUUGUAUGUCUAAUAUACUGAUAAACCGCCCUUUGAAACCACUCUUGUAUAAACCUAAAAGGUGGUUUUUGGUUUGUUGAAUGGUAUGUUAUGAUGUGAGCUCCAAAGCGGGUCUCAUUCUAUGAACUCUUUAAAUCUGCAGGAAGGUUUGAGGGAUUUAUUCAGGAAUGGUCCCCGAGUGUUAGAGGGGCUGCUUUGCAUUUACUGAAAGGGAGAUGUACUCAGUAAAUAUUUACUUGCUUGGGUUGGAUUUUUUCUUUCUUUCAGAUAAGGGGGUGUUUAAUUCUACCUCAUCAAAGUUUAAGCUGGGGCUUCAAAUGGAGAAGAAAAUGUUUUCUGCUCAUCAGGUUUUUAAGUAACUAUUGGGAAGCCCCUAUAAUAGCACUGCUAAUGUUCUAGAGUUGAAUUAGCGCUUGCUGUGCCUCAUGUUUGUAAUGCCUAGAAAUACAUCUGAGACAAAAACCGUGUUUAAUUUACUGCGCUAAUAAUAAAAGACUACAUUCAAUUAUAUUUGAUUCUAUGUAUAUUCUGAAAUGGUUGUACAAGAUAAUACAG